AUGGACGACACUCUGCCAGAUGUCAUCGGCACACUCGUGUUCUGCGGGCCUUGCGGCAAUCUGCUCAACAACCCCGCGCCCGGCGAGUCACACGUAUUAUGCGAAAUCUGUGGCUACAGAGAGCCUGUCUCGACCUUUCACAGCAUCAAGGUCACCACCCACACUCGAGAGAGCGCGUUCCCCUCGAGCUUGCGGCAAAAACGUACACUCGUACAGCCGACCGAUCAAGUGUCGUCGAGCAAGCAGCUCAUCGACGAAAGAUGUCCCAAGUGCGACAGCAAGCAGAUGGAAUUCAGUACGCUCCAGAUGAGAUCUGCCGACGAAGGCAGCACUGUCUUCUACACCUGCCCGCGCUGCGCCUACAAGUACUCGACGAACAACUGA